AUGGUAAACGAGGAGUACCCCAGACUUGAGGAAGCACAGGUGCGAGAUGGGAGGCAAGUGGCCAACGUGUUUGAGGAGGGCAGCCCGAGGCCGCGGGCCCACCUGCACCUGUCCCCAGCUGGCUUCACACUUGCCCCCCAUUCUCACUGUGAACCGCUGUUCUGCUUUGAAAACAAAGCCAGCGUUGUGCAGAUGACUCAGUGCACUGUCCAGGUCAAGUUAGAGCUGGGACAUCGUGCCCAACUACGCAAGAAGCCCACCACGGAGGGGUUCACGCAUGACUGGAUGGUGUUUGUCCGCGGCCCUGAGCAGUGUGAGAUCCAGCACUUCGUGGAGAAGGUGGUCUUCCGGCUGCACGACAGCUUCCCCAAGCCCAAGCGUGUGUGCAAGGAGCCCCCCUACAAAGUGGAGGAGUCGGGUUACGCAGGCUUCAUCAUGCCCAUCGAGGUGUACUUCAAGAACAAGGAGGAGCCAAGGAAGGUUUGCUUCACCUAUGACCUGUUCCUGAACCUGGAGGGCAACCCGCCCGUCAACCACCUGCGCUGUGAGAAGCUCACCUUCAACAACCCCACCGUGGAGUUCCGGUACAAGCUGCUGAUGGCCGGCGGGGUGAUGGUAAUGCCCGAAGGAGCAGAAACGGUGUCCAGGCCCAGCCCCGACUACCCCAUGUUACCCACAAUUCCACUCUCUGCCUUCUCUGACCCCAAGAAGACCAAACCGUCCCACGGCUCCAAGGACGCCAGCAGGGAGAGCGGCAAGGCCUGCAAGGCCCACAAGACGACCAAGGAGCACCGGGAGCGGCCGCGCAAGGACUCAGAGAGCAGGGGCGCCUGCAAGGAGCCGGAGCGCGAGCAGGCCAGGAGCGCCAAGGACGCCGCGCGGAAGCUGGGCGAGGGCCGGCCCCCCAAGGAGGACAAGGCCCCGCCGCCCAAGGCUGCAUUCAAGGAGCCCAAGAUGGCCCUGAAGGAGACCAAACUGGAGAGCAUGUCCCCCAAAGGCGGGCCCCCACCGCCGCCCCCGCCCAAGUCUUCCAGCAAGCGGCCGGCCGCCGCCGACUCACCCAAGCCCAGCGCCAAAAAGCAGAAGAAGAGCAGCUCCAAGGGGUCCAGGAGCGCCCCGAGCACCUCACCCCGCACCUCAUCUUCCUCCUUCUCGGACAAAAAGCCGGCCAAGGACAAGGGCAGUGCCAAAGGGGAGAAAGCCAAGCCUGAGAACGAGCCCAGGGAGAUCAAAAAGCCUCCGGAGGUGGAGGAGUCCAACUCGGAGGACGAGGCCUCCUUCAAGACCGAGUCCGCCCAGUCGAGCCCAUCCAACUCCAGCUCCAGCUCCGACUCCAGUUCAGAUUCGGAUUUUGAGCCAUCUCAGAACCACAGUCAAGGACCCCUGCGCUCCAUGGUGGAGGACCUGCAGUCCGAGGAAUCUGACGAGGACGACUCUUCGUCAGGCGAGGAGGCCGCUGGCAAGACGAACGCAGGAAGGGACUCCAGGUUGAGCUUCAGUGAUAGCGAGAGCGACAACAGUGCCGACUCCUGCCUACCCAGCCGGGAGCCCCCUCCACCCAAGAAGCCGCCCCCACCCAACAGCAAGACGUCAGGCCGCCGGAGCCCAGAGACCUGCAGCAAGCCCGAGAAGAUCCUCAAGAGGGGUGCCUACGACAAGGGUCUGGUGGGGGGCGGGGUCCACCCCAGCCUAGCGCCCUGUCCACUGAAGCCACCUGCCACCACCCUCCAGAUCGUGAACCUGAUCGAGGAGACCGGCCACUUCAAUGUCACCAACACCACCUUCGACUUCGACCUCUUCUCCCUGGAUGAGACCACCGUGCGCAAGCUGCAGAGCUACCUGGAGGCGGUGGCCACAUGA